GUAAGGCGCUGAGGAUGGGGCGGUAACGUGGGCUGUGCACGUUCUUGCUGUUUCCCAGACACCAACACGACAGACAAAAUGCCUGAUCCUGCAAAAUCAGCUCCUGCACCCAAGAAGGGCUCCAAAAAGGCUGUGACCAAAACUCAGAAGAAAGGAGACAAAAGGCGUCGCAAAAGCAGGAAAGAAAGCUACGCCAUCUACGUGUACAAGGUGCUGAAGCAGGUGCAUCCGGACACCGGCAUCUCCUCCAAGGCCAUGGGCAUCAUGAACUCGUUUGUCAACGACAUCUUCGAGCGCAUCGCCGGGGAAGCUUCGCGACUGGCGCACUACAACAAGCGCUCCACCAUCACCUCCAGGGAGAUCCAGACCGCCGUCCGCCUGCUGCUGCCCGGUGAGCUGGCCAAGCACGCCGUGUCCGAGGGCACCAAGGCCGUCACCAAGUACACCAGCUCCAAAUAGGGACGGACAGAGGCUCCGACACGGAGGGACUUCAGCCACCUGACCACCAUCAAGACGAUUUCAACCCUCUUGACUGUGUCCGGUGUUUACUUUGCCAAAACGGCGUUUGUGAUUUUUAUUUGCACCAUUUCGAGGAGAAUGAAUGAAUGAAUGCCAGCCAGCCAGCCCAGGCCUUAUGUUGUAAAUGUCUCGUGAAUCAUUGGAACUGUAGCCUGCCAUUUUGUUUUAACUCAGUGUUUCGUUAUUUUUCUGACGUGCAACAUUUUUAACAAAUGACUGAAUAAAUUAAUGAUGAAUGUAAGAUAGUGCUCUUAAAUACUGAGAACGUCUCAUUUGCUUUUACACCAUCGUGAUACUGAAAUGUGUACAUGCACCUUAGAUUAUUACCGCCAGACUUAAUUGUGAUGGCACUGUUGAAACAAUCAUUGUGAGAUUAAAGCUGUGAUUUACUACCA